CAUUAAAUUUGCAGAUGCAGAAUGAGUUUCAACAUUUUUAUUAAAUAUGAGAUAGGACAGCUAAGAGCAGUAAGUGUGGAUUCAGAGGAGGAACUGAAGAACACGACUGUUGAAGAGCUCCGAAGAAGAGCAUUUCCUGAAGACCAAUGGGACGCGUUGGUGUUUAUCUUCGAGGGCAGACAACUGGAGGAGGGUCGUACACUUGGUUCUUAUGGCGUACUAAACGAAUCUACUAUUCAUGCAGUUCUUCGUCUACGUGGUGGAGCUCUACCUCCACCUGAAGAUGAAGAUGUAGGAAUGUCCAGGACUGCAUCUAUGGAAGUAUUAGCUUCAAUGCAGCAGACUGAGCCAGAACCCAAUAGAUCAUGUUUGAUUUUGUAGUUCAGUGCAUCCUCAUAUAUAUCCAACACCUUGUACAAAUAU